AUGAUUGACUACGAGUACGACAGGAUGAUUCAUUCACAGAACGGGAGUCAUCACAGGGAGGGAACUACCAUAUACCAGUCGGUGGAGGAUGGGGUUAUAAAGCAAGCUUCUGAAUCAAAUCUCAAUCAGAAUAUUCAAUCCACAAGUACACCGAGCGGUCAAUUUACCCCUGAUGAGAUAUCUUUCCGCUCAGAUUCCCUGGAGGCGUAUUAUGCGUCGCCAUGCUCAUGUAUACCUGAAUCUCCUGCAAGCGUCGGCUCAUCCAUAUAUGAGUGCGGAGUACCAUACGUCUCCCAGGACUACCUAUGGCCCUUUGAUGCUUUCAUUUCAAGAUCAGAUAGUCCAGCUGGUGAGACUAUUUGUCUAGAACCUUCUCAAGAUUACCUUUCUCCCCACGUUCAGGAAAUUGACGAGUUCUUGGAUCUUUCGGAAACAAGCGAUAUGUCUACAGGUUGCAUAUCUACAGAGGGUGCUUCUGACCUCGGUGUUGAAGAUGCAUCGUUCACUUUGGCUUCGUACGUACCGGUGCAGGCCCGUCCUCUUAUUUCAUAUACGGAACAUCAACGAGCAAUUCACUCGGAAUAUUCUCAGUAUCCGCACGAGCCAAUUCGAUUCGAUAUGACCGAGACAGCUGGAGCAGCAAAUGCGGACAUUUUUUGCGAUAACAGUGUCUGCCAUGAUCUCAUAGAUGCGGAUGAACUUUACGACAUGUCUUUGGAGGCUCUCGAUGAAAGCAAUUACUUCCAUUUUCCAUAG